AUGGACCAAAUUUACUGGUUUAUAGACUGGAUAUGGACACAUGUUAAAGGAUACCCACCGCCUGCCCUGGAUGGCAUGCGGCUAGGUCCUCCCGAACGCACCCAUAAUGCGUUAAUGGUGCAAUUCUUUACGUGGGACUGCCGGCACCCGCAUAUGAGCUGGUGGCUGCAUUUUGAAUCCGAAGUGCCCAGGCUCGCAGAGUUGGGGGUCACACAAGUCUGGCUUCCUCCGCCAAACAAGGCUAUGACGAAGGAUGGCCAGGGGUACGACGCUUAUGACCUAUGGGACCUAGGCGAAUUCAACCAGAAAGGCACCACCGCAACCAGAUGGGGAACCAAAGACGAGUUAGCACAUGCGAUUGCUACUGCACGAACGCAUGGGAUAGACGUGCUGAUUGACGCUGUCAUGAACCACAAACUAGGCGGUGAUAGAGUGGAGACAUUCAUGGCUAUCCCAGUAGACCCGCAAAAUCGCCUCAGGGACCUUACACCGCCGAGGGAAAUAGAAGGAUGGACUGCUUUCGACUUUCCAGGGCGCAAGGGCAAGUACAGCACGCUGCGAUGGACGCACGAGAACUUCUCUGGUUUGGAUUGGGACCAGAAGAAGCGAAUGAAGGGCGUCUAUCGCAUCACCGGAGAAUCCCAUCGCGGGUGGUCUCGGUUUGUCGAUAGCGAACUUGGGAACUACGACUAUUUACUCGGAGUUGACAUUGACCAUCGUCACCCCGAAGUCCGCGAAGACCUCUUCGCCUGGGGUCAAUGGGUGCUCCAAUCAACAGGUGCAAUAGGGUUUCGACUCGAUGCGAUCAAACAUAUAGAUAGAUAUUUCUUGCUGGACUUCUUAAAGCAUGUCCGAAAGGUCACAGGAAAAGAAGAUCUGUUUGUCGUUGCUGAGUACUGGUCUCCAAACCUUAAACUUAUAAAGCCAUAUAUCUAUGCUUUUCAGGGCCUCGUGACCUUUUUUGAUGUUCCGUUGCAUCACAAAUUCUACGAUGCAAGCAAAGCUAGAUCUCAUUUCGACUUACGAACACUUUUCGACGAUACUGUGCUCAGUUUCAGACCUGGCGACGCCAUAACGUUCGUUGAUAAUCAUGAGUGGCAAGUGGGGCAAUCGCUGGAAAGUUGGGUCGGGGCCAACUUCAAACUCCAAGCGUACACAUUAAUAUUGCUUCGCGGCGAUGGACAUCCAUGUGUGUUCUACGGAGACCUGUAUCCUAAUAUGGAAUGCUACGACGCGAGGAUCGCGCAAGGCGUGCAACGUCUUAUGGAGGUCCGGAAGAAUUUCGCUUACGGUCCACGAGUGGACUAUUUCCAGUCUCAAAAUUGCAUCGCCUUCGUACGUAUGGGAGAUCAUACACACGAUGGGUGUGCCGUGAUCGUCAGUAACGCUGAUCCGACGGAACCGUAA